UUCAUGACGAGCAUACCAAGACCAUCAAAAAUGUCGUUUCUUGUUCCCCACAACAAGCCACCGAGCUAUUAGCCACUCUACCACAGAGUUGGCCCGAGAUCCGAUUCCUCCAAUCGGUAAUAUUCAAAUUGGCUUUUUGCACUGGCCCUGCGAGUAAGUUCGUCAAGCGACGGGUCAUUCAACACAUUCUUCAAGAUGCCUCAUCGCUCAUGAAGGUCACUAGUCGGACUUUGGAAACAAUCAUAAACAAAUUCAAUGGCGAGGGAAUCACGCUUCGUUUGCGGCUUCUUGAAAAGUUGUCCAUGACGUCACUCGUUGGUAGUGUGCUGAGCACAGUGGUUCUAUUGAGUAACCAUGAAGUCCAAUCGGAGCUUGAUUCCGUUAAACACUCAAUUCAAGAUAUGGUCCAACUGAAUUUGGAGUGCAGAAAGAUUGCUUACAAUCUGCAAAACCAACUGGAGGACGAAGAGAAAGACGACGAGGAUGAGAUUGACCAAGAUCAUGGAGCUGGUACUUUUGUUCCUUGUCCUUGGGACGAAGGACGAAUCAUCGAGAGUGUCCACCCGCUUAGAGAGAAUUACAAGGUACGAGAGACCUUCACCAUUCUUGGGAGCAAGCAUCUCUACCUGUUUUUUGACCCCAGAUGCUCGACACAAUAUGAUUACGACAAGGUAGUCAUAUACCAAGGCAAAUCUGUCAACGGGAAGAAGAUUUCAGAAUUCGGCGGAAACACGUUUGGUUUUGGCAGCAAAUCUGUACUGGGAUGUGGCUGGCCCAGCCAAGCUGUAGUCAUUGAAUGCGAUUCGGUGACCGUGGCCUUUGAAAUGCGGAGCAGUCGCGAACAGGGUGUGCCCGACAAGGCCCUCUGGGGUUUCAAAAUCCAUGUGAAAACGCUCAACAUUCCUCCAGGAGUCGGUCCAAUCUCCCAUUUCUCGUCGCUGUCUUUGUCCUUGGAGUACACCACGUUCAACAUGCUACGGGUCCUUUUCCAAGGUCAGCCUAUUACCGCAGAAGAACAAGAGAGCGAAGUACUACUUCGUUCACGGCUUCUCCAACAAUGCACAUGGAAAGCUAAAUCCCCGUUGGGAAGCUCGCCCACAGGUUUUGAUAGCAUCACUGAUGAUGACCUCUUGGAACAAGAUGUUCAUCGAAUCCCGUUGUGCUCAAAGCUCAUGUCGAAGCUUCGAGAUCUGUCUGAAACGCGAUUGCCUCCACUCCGACCGAGUGUUAAAACCAUCUUAAGGCCCGAAUGCCUAGAGGAUGCCAUCGUGUCCUCAGUGAUCAAGCAUUUGGGCUUUCAAGAGUUCAUCAAAUACUUCGACGCCCAUGAGAAAGAUUUGACCCAAGAGUACUACAUUUUCUGUGAUAUCAUUUCAGAAACCUACAUGAAGUAUCACGCACUCGUGCGAAGGUUGCAGGUCUUGGCCGAGUUGGAAAACCAAUGGAACACAGAAGUGGAUGAUGUCCGAGAGAAGAUGACGGAACUGAAUAAGGCCUUCUUCGUUGACUACCAACACCAUGAGUCCAAAUCGAAAGAGUUGGCUCUACUGUGCUUCCUGAAGGGCGUGUCCACCGAAGACGGGUUUCAAAACGUGACCGAGCGGCUGAAAUUGGAACUGCAGAAGGAGGCCUCCAACGGAAUGGCCGAGACUUCAGUACUCGAACUCACAUCCAGAAUAGUGAAGGGCAUCAUGGAAAGAAUUGAGCUUCUCUUGCAAGUGUCCAUCAACAUUGGCCAGGAUGGCGAGGAUAGCAAUGGGGAUCGCCCGACGUUCAUGUCUCGAAGUUUGCAAAAUUGGCCCAAGAAGGGCUCCAGACGGGGAAUCACCAAGCAACAGUCGGUGGAGAUCGAGCGAUCCUUGGAUGAUUCCAUUUUGCAGAUCCCCAAGUUGAAGAAACAAGUCAAAAAGAUCCCCACCGCCAGAUCCGUGAUAGAAAACUUGGCCAAGGGCAAGACCACUCAAGAGGAUGAUCGCACCCCAGAAUCUGUUGUCUUGGAUCAGCUCUUUGCUUUCAUUGGAAGUCACCCUGAGAAAGCCGUCUCAGCCAAAUCCUUUGUCAAGGCUGCUUUAGUUCGAAGGCAACGAAGCCGUUGUCGUAUUCAGGCCUUGGCCCUUAUGAAGGGAAUAUUGAGCUCUAGUUAUGCCAUUGGUGGGACUCAAGAAAUUAUUUCCUUGAGUUCCGCCAUACUUCAACACGGCAUGAAGGUCCAAGAGAUCACUUGCGGAAGCUUGGUCACUCAAACUGAAGAGGCCUUUGCCGACACGCUCUUGACCUUGGUCCAACUCAUUGAAAGUCAACCAGAGCUAUACAAAACUGACAUCGCCAGAUUGACCAUCAUUCCCUAUUCCAGAGACGAGGAGUCCUGUCUCGUCAAGUGUGGCCUUUUAAAGUUGUUGGAUAAGUUAUGCGGCUACCACCAAACCUCCGACGACGAGGUAGACGUGGAAAUGCAAACGGCCCAACACAGGCUCUCGGAAGUGGCUUGGUUGGGCUUCAAGGUUUUAACCCAUCGAUGCAUUGAUUGGGAGGACAAUGAAUCGUCCACUCCUCCCAUCAAUCAGGGAGCUGGUUUGGCCACUCAAAUCUCCAGUUUAUUGACCAACCAUUUGCUAAAGGCCGCCCGUGGAUCGAACAACUUCAUGAACUGCUCCGUGCUCCAAGAGGUUCUCACCCUCUUGUCGUCGUUGGUUAGAUGCCAAAUUGGUCGUGAUAUCCUGAGCAAACCCAAAUGUGUGAGCACACUGCUUGCUUUGAUGUUAGAAACUCGGCUCUCACCCAAGAUGAUUUUGUCGAUAACGCGAUUGUGUCACAUUGCCUUGCCCCUGAUGUCUUCAACCGACUGUGAUCAAGUUCAUGUCCCAGACUGGUUUUUGGGGAACAUUAAAGUUGUGUGGCCUUCAGACUCAACCGCUCGGGACAAGAUUGUGGACCUGCUCUUGACCAAGAUGGGCGAUUUCAUUGUUCCAGGCGUGACGGCCUCAUUGCCUCAUCAUGCUACAUUUUCAAAGCGUUCCACUCGUUUAACCACCAAAUCCGAAUCCAAAGACCAACCAAAGUUGGAACCCAAUCCCAAUGUUGAGUUGGCGCGUGAGUGCAACAAUUUGUCACUGAUCAUUCACAAGCGUGAGGAUGAAAGCGCUCAAGACAUUGUGCAAAAGUUGUUAAACUCGAAUCACGAACUUCGCCUCUUCAGACCAGUGGGGAAUGAACCCAUGGAGAGGGUGGUCGUCAUUGACCAACUGCUCACAAGGAGCCAGAGAGCCGAGAUUUUGACCGAAGACGCCACGUUGGUGCUCCGAAAGGCAACCAAAAUGGCCCAACAUGGAUUCACCGUCUCCAUUGAGCCUCCAGAUAAAGUUGAUCAGAAUCCCGAGCAAAGAUUGCUACAUAUGGAGGAAACUUGCCGGGACAAGAAUCGAGUUCUCCUCAAGACAAGCCCUCAACGUCCAUUUGUCAGUUCUCAAGUGGCCAACACUUUAGCGACGGAAAUAGUGUCGCUGAUCAACAGUCUGUUGCUCUUCAAGAAAGCAGAUCUCUGGUCUGACACAAUCUUGAGUGGAUUGAAGAGGUCGGUCGAAAGAUUCAGUGACUUUUUAAACCAAGAGGCUCUUCUCUUCACGGCCGACCAAAACAAGCUCUUGGAGAUAUUUUCGCUCGGAAGGACAAUCUUGGCGAGUCUAUCAAUUUUGGGGAGCUUUCAAGAAACCCUGAAGGAAGGCAUGGACAUCACAGUGGUGUCCGAGCACGGAAUUCAUAGUCCAGGCGUUGUCCAAAGUGUGAACUGGGAGCAUUGCACUGCUAUGGUCCUCCUUAACGUGGAACAACCCAGCUUUCAAAUCCCGUUAAGCUCCGUUCAAAGUCAGCAACAAGUCCUAGUGGAGACAUUCCGUCCUUUAUUUCCGCUGAUCAUCAAAAUGAGUCAACUCCUCUUGGUUCCCAACUCCCUCGGCCAUGAUCACUUAAGCACGCCGCUGCCGGGCUCAGGUGAUGACCAUGAACUUCGCUUGAUGACCGCUCGUCUGGUCUCCGAGAUUCGUGUGUCAACUUGCGCCGUUUUGGCUCAAUACACUCGUGACGAGGAGUUCUCGAGCCGAUUCAUGCAAGAGUCCUGUCAUGCCGUGGAUAUGCUGAAGUGCUUAGCAAAGGAGGUAGGGGCGGUGGAUCAUAUUGAAAAAGUCCAAAUCAAUUGCUCCCGUUUGAGAGGCAUCUAUCGCGAUUGCGUCAAGCCUCCGCUUUUGGAAAGCAAACCAUUUGGUAAACCAGGGCUCACCAAUCAUUGGAAUGUGAACUUGGCGUUUCCGCCUCUGAAAUCAUUGCUCUUUACCUACGGACUCACUGGGAUUACCUAUCACGCGGAUCCAGGUUUAUCCAGUGGAUUGCCGCGCGGGAACUUUGUGUAUGCCCAAUAUCCACUGAACCGGAUAAAUGCUUAUUUUGAAGUCAAUAUCAUAUCCUUGGGCGAACAUCAUGAAGAGACAACCUCGCCAAUGCUUUCAAUCGGAUUGGCUCCCAAAGCAGAGAAGAAGGAUGGGGGCUGGAGUAAUCCCAAUGGGACAGUAUUGCUUCACAAUAACGGGAGAUUGGUACACUACAAUGGUUCCAGUCUCCUCCAAUGGCGAUCCCUUCGAUUUGAGCUUCAAAUGAGCCCUGGCGACAUCAUUGGCCUUGGCUGGGAGCCAUCUCAUCUUGAUCCAAAUUCGACACACACACAAAAUUGGGGCAAGCUUUACUUCACACAAAACGGGACCCGGUUAUCUCAAGAGCUGGAGGGUGUCCCUCUGGGUCUGUUCCCAGUCCUUCAUUUACAAAAGAAGGAUACCAGAGUCAGAGCUAACUUUGGCCAAAUUGAAUUUAUCCAUCAUCGCCUAAUAAUUGAGGAUGACCAAGAGUCGCCACAGCCAUCCAUGACCGAGACUGAUGAGAGUGAUGACGCCAUGCCUUUUAGGAGAUGCUCAGCUGACGAGGACACCGUGAUUUUGGCCGGUGACCACCGAUCCAAUCCGUAUUCAUCUCGCCCCGCCCCGAAAAUUAAGAUCUUAUCGAACAUGGUCCCUGAAUCUGUGCUGUCCCAUCGGUUGGCUCGACAUGGCAAUCCACAAGCACGGACUGGUCCUUUUCAACCGGAUUUCAUCAAUCUGGAUGAAGACAGUGAUUUUGAAGACCUGUACGAAGAGGAUGCAGCAGGGGUUGACUCGGAUGGUGGGGAACUCGAAUCUCGACCCGAGACGGCCAAUAGCCUUUUGGUGAAAGCCUGGGAGACCCGAGUGUUUCCAGUGAUUCGCAGACGCUUCCGCAAUGAAGCUGAGAGAAGAGACGGCUUGGAACAAAUCAAAGGAGCAUUGUCCUUGGGAAUGACGGACAUUGCCAGGCAAACGGUGGAGUUCUUGUACGAGGAAAACGGCGGGAUUCCAGCCGACGUCCACUUGCCUACCAUAGAGGACAUGAAGGAGGAAUUGCUGAAGCUUAGCAUUGAUCAAAUCAAACGAGGCGAUUCCGUGUCCAUCAGAACCUUGACCGAUCAGUCAUCGCAUCACAAUUUCUAUUCCACGUCACAACUGAAGACGUUUGGGCUCUUGGGCGAAGUGCUUGAUAUUGAUAAGCAAGAGGAGCUCGUUUUGGUGGAAACCUACCUCAAAUCUGAAGGCAUUCUGGUCUCAUUUUGGUACCCUUUGCCCUAUUUGUCGAAGCCCAACAAAGAUCAAAAGGCCGAGGGCUCCACUUUUUCAUCCAGCAUCAACGUGAGCAUUGCCAAAAGCUCGUUGAUCCACCGAGAGCUUUUGAGCCAAGAGUUUGUUCUUUCUCGCUUGUGGUGUCGCUCAGCCUAUUUGAACCUACAUAGACAUGCCCAGGAAUCUGAUCUGGGAGAGUUUGCUCCGGACUAUCCAAACUCGUCCAAGCUCUCCAUGUUGACUUCCAGCACCAUGCUUCUCCAAGACGUUGAUCUAGAAAACCUGCAAAUCAUGAGCAAUCACGAUUCUGCCAAUGAGCCAUGCACCAAUAACAUUCUGGAAGCCAACCUAAUGGUUCGAAGCGGGAGAGAAAUCCUUUCUCAUCAAGUAGGAAGCAGGCGAGGAAUUUUCUUAUCGUCAGAAAAGCCAUUGGGGAGUGAGAUUUGUCGAAUCUUGAACAAAAUUCAGCUAAACCAAGACCAAAGUAUGGAGCAUUUGCUCGAGGUCGUGAAUUUAGUAUGUCAGUGCUUAUUUCACGGUUCGGACUAUUUCGUCUCAGAGGAAAUCGUCAUUAAUGAUAUCUCGACCCUGAAAUCUCUGAUCCAUUUCCGCGACACUGCCUUCGUCAUGGUGAAUGUGAAAUUGCCAUCCUCCAUGGGAAGGGAUCAUCACCCCGACGAUUUACAGAUUCAGAUCCAAACCAUGAACGGUAGUGUGAUCCGCCCCAAUGGAACGAAUUCGGCUAAAAACGUGCUUCAAUAUCCUGUUCCCGUCAAUGGGGGAGACGACUCGCAUGAGCGUGCAUUUCCCGAGGUCAUCUUGCCGACCAAUUUGGUUCGCAUUUCUCAAGGUGGAGGAGCCGAGAGUGGGACCAUUUUACACCUGUUCGGCAUUCCUCUCCAAUUUCCUUUGGUGUUGCGAUUCAUCCACGAGAUGACACAACUAAGCGUGGAACAACUCGGCUCACAACCAUUCGAAGAAAUUGUGCUCGGAUUAUGUCAGACUCUUCUACAGCUGGAUGCCCCACCCACAUUCAGGAUGAUAAUAAUGGACCAAUUGGCUCAAAUCCUUCAAAUCUUGCCUGAUGAGGUCCCCCUUUCAACAACCAAAUUGCGACAGAUCAAUUUGCACUUGGGUCAAGAGCUCGCGUUGUUGGAAGAACAGGACAGGAAAGGAGGGGCCGUUCGAAAUUCGAUCUACUUCCAAACGUCAUUCGAGCUCUUACUUACCGUAUUCACCAAGUUCAGGGACGCGUCGCACGGACACUCAAAAAUUGACUCCAGAUUGGAAAAGGCCUACCAAUGCCUUCAUGGAUCGAAGUCAGGCGUAGUUUCUUACUCUCCGAAAAGCUCGACACCAAAUCGGCCAUUGCCACCGGCCUGGAUAUUUCUCAGCCCGCUUCCCACCCGUUUAGAAGUGGAGGUGAUGAAAUCGACGAUACACCGGGCUUUGACCCGACUCGGCGGAUUGCGGUCGUCUGGAUUCCAUUGGAGUGAACGGGAUUCCAUGCGAACCAUCAUCUUGGAACUGCGAUUUCACGCUAACAUCAACCAAGCUGUGAAUACUUUGCAAGCAAUUCCAUGGAUUUGCCAAACCUUUCAAGUGAACGACAGGACUGUCACACCCGAGGUUAGCACCUUGAACAGCAAUUAUGAGUGUGCCAGUCAAAGCCUUCAAGUCCAAAGGAUUGUGGACACGUUUUUGAAAGAGAAAGUCCUCGACUCCAAUCGGUUUACGAGCACGAUUCACGAGGUGUUCCAAUCGACUUUGGGCCUUUUCGUCAAAGGUAAUACGAAUGAAGGUGGGACAUCCUCAUUAACCAGCCAGCAGAUCAUGCAAGCUCAUCCUGAGAACAAGGUUCGCGAAGUGAUUGUGACUUUGCUCACGGACUCUGACUUGAAUUCGGUUCUUGGUAAGUUUGGAAGCAAAGCCCAAGAUCGAGACGAAGAAAGCCUCAAAGAAACAGCCAUGACAAGAAUAGCACCUUCAGAGACGGAAUCAACAGAUGAGUUGUUCACCCUGACUGAGAAACAAUUUACCUCGUUCGUCAUUGCGAGCGCGGCGGGCAAGAUCCAGGCCUUUGUGGUGGCCUUGGCCAACUGCGGAUAUGACCACAAUCUGGAACAAAUGUUCUCUCAGGAGCUUCAUCAAAGCGACUCGCAGUGGACUCCAGAGAGUGACAAUCAAUUGGUACACUGGAUGGAAGACACUGCUCAAGAUCUUGACCUCAACCCGUCCCAAAUUCACCCUCAAGAAGUCCACUUGUCACCUGAGGAUCACUUGAAAUCAGAGUUCUCUCUUCUACAUACGCAAUCUGAUCAAGAGCUCGGCAAGCACGCAGCCUUGAUUUUGGCUUGGAACGAGGCUGUAUUCAGGGAUUUGAUUCCCAACAUUCCAUUGUCGUGUGAUCACUCCAAUCGUCAGAGUACAGCAGCCUUCUUGACCCGACACAAAUCCAAGUUGUUCUUCUCCCACAAAGAGACCUAUCUCAAUCAAAUUCUCAAUGCCUCUUGUCAACGUGGAAGGGACCAAGUGGCCCCUGAAGUCUCUCUAAACCCAAUCACGAGUAUUGGAUCCACCAACGAGAGUUUAAGUGCCACUUGGUUCUUUCAAACUUGGCAACAACUCAGGGACGUCUCCUCGUCCCAAUUUUGCGUGGCCAUGCCUCAGGGCAGCGAUCCCGAGUUCCCGUUUAAGGUGAAAUUCCUGGGAGAGGAGGUCCAUGGAUCAAGUGGAUCGUUCCGACAAUUCUUUACCCACGUGGCCGAGGAAAUUCAUGGAGCUGUGUUGUGCCUUACCCUACCUUAUCUAGGAUCGGGUCCUUUUAAAGGGCGCUAUCAAUUGCGGUGUUGCCCUCUGACUUGGAUGAACGAGAAACUGCUUCAAUUUUGGGGUCAACUCAUGGGGAUCGCAUUGCGGGCAGGCAUUCCUUUCGUUCUGGACAUGGUUCCCUCGUUCUGGAAAGCGCUUCUUCACGAGCAUAUUGCCGAGAGUGACCUACGGUUAAUGGAUCCUAAUCUGUUCCACUACAUGGCAGACAUCCAGGAUUGCCAAGAUCCGUCCAAUUUCGACACAUUACUCGAGGAGCAUCAAUUCCCCCGGUUCACAUUUCAGUCCAACUGCGGCUUGGAAUUGCCUCUGUGCCCAAAUGGGGGAAACAAAUACUUGAGCUUCAAAAAUCGGGCCGAAUAUUGCGAUCUACUCUUGCAAUUCAAGCUGUCAGAACUGGCUGCCAGUGGUCACAUCUGCCAAAUUAGAGCCGGUCUCUCGACCGUGGUCCCGAUCGAGAUUCUCCAUUGCUUGUAUACGCCCAACGAGCUCGAGCUCCGGGUUUGUGGUUCACCGAAAGUGAGCGUCAAAUUGCUCCAAAGCCACACCAUCUACCAAGCCGGGCUCACGGUGGACGAGGAACACAUCCAGUUCUUUUGGAACGCCCUCGAGUCCUUUACGGACCGUCAACUGACAAGGUUUAUCAAGUUUGCUUGUAACCAGGAGAGAUUACCUCUGGCCAAUGUCAAGACCAUCACCAACAAAUUCAGCUCGGAGAAAGGUAAAGAUGAAGACGGCUCCACGCUGCAUAUACCACCCUUCCCGAUGAUGAUUGCACCCUCAGACAAGGGGGACGUGCAAGUGGAGCAACAAAAUAUUCGGGUAGAAACGUGCAUGUUUAUGCUGAAGUUACCCCGUUACCCUUCCUUCGACAUGAUGCGAGACAAAUUGUUGUUCGCCAUUCAUGCUGCGUUUGAUCCCCUGAGCGGCUAAAGUAUACUUUAAGCAGCGCUGUAAUAUCGAAAAUAUAUGUAACACUUCGUUAGUAUCGUGAAAUAAAGGUUAGAUCUUUGCCACAA